GGGGGCACUUUAGCACGGUCAUAUGAGAAAAAAAAAAGAGCCAUUUUUGCUUAAGGUGAAAAUUUUAUUUUGGCGAAAUUGUGGCUCAGUCAACAUUUUGCGCACUCCGCAGGUGGUAUACUUCUGCGUAAACGUUGCAGGAAAAAAAAAAAAAAAAAUAUAACAAAAUAAAAUAAAACAAAAUAGGUAAAAGAAAAAAGAAAAAAUAAUUACGAAUUAACGAGUUAACGAAAGAGCCAUUUAGUAACAUAACGAUUUAUCGAGUAGCCAAACGAAGCCAAAGAUAUCGUAAAAGUAAAACCCCCGUUCGGCCGAAAUACCAAACCGUACAGUUUUUCGCGGCAUCCUUUUUCGCAAUUCGCCAACCCACGCGGGGAUACCUACACUUUAUUGUGCCUCCUGCGAAAGCUUCGUAAGAACUGCAUUUUCAGUUGGCGAGUUUUUUCUCAAUUCUGCUAACAGCGCGUUGAACGAAGAAAAACAAAAUGGCGGAGCAAUUCACAAUUCGCGUAAAGAAAUAUAUGAGCAACCCCCUGCUGCGAAGGAAGCAGUUCGCCCUGGAAAUACUACAUCCCAACAAGGGCUCAGUGUCGAAGAAGGACGUAAAGGAAAGGUUAGCGAAAAUGUAUAAGCUGAAUAAUGUCAACACAAUUGUGCUGUUCGGAUUUAAAUCCCUUUUCGGAGGUGGAAGAACCAAAGGGUUUGGCCUGAUUUACAACAGCGUGGAUGCCGUGAAAAAAUUUGAAAAGAAAUACAGACAAAUAAGGGAGGGGUUAAUAACCAAGGAGAACAAACCAGGACGCAGGGCAGCCAAGGAAUUGAAAAACAGAAGAAAGAAGGUACGCGGUACGGCCAAGACCAAAGUUUCAGGAGCGAAGAAAAAGUAAACGCAUCAGCCCCCGCACUUUUGCGUAUUCGUACUUGCAAAGUUUUGUGUUUCAUUUUGGCAAAGUUACACAGUUGGUUGUUUAUGAUUUUUAUUUUAUUUCCCUCUAAUGGCCUUUCUUUUUUUUUUUUUUUUUUUUCCCCAUCACUCCACACUUCUUUUUUUUCUUCCCUCUGCUUUGCCACUAACAUUCACCAUGUUAUGCUUACCUAAUG